AUGUUUUCAGUGUUUAAGAAGCUUACGAACAAAAACGAUGGCCCAGCAGUAUCGAUACCAGAGUCCGUCGGGCAGACGAUGUCUGAUUCACUCAAGAAGCGAUUUUCCCGUGGCGUUCAGUAUAACAUGAAAGUUGUUAUCAAGGGCGAUCGGAAUGUUGGUAAAUCUUGUCUGCUGGAGCGGCUACAGGGAAAAGCGUUCAUCGAGCAGUACACACCGACGGAACAGAUACAGGUAGCCAGUAUCCAGUGGUCGUUCAAAGCGACCGAUGAUGUCGUGAAGGUGGAAGUUUGGGAUGUGGUCGAUCGUGGGAAAUCGAAGCAGAAAAGCACCAACCUGAAGCUUACGACUGCUACCGGACCAGGUGCAGAACCGGACAUUCCCGUGCUAGAUGCAGAGUUCCUGGACGUGUACAAGGGCACACAUUGCGUCGUGAUGGUGAUGGACAUAACAAAGGCUUGGACGUUCGAUUACGUUUGCCGAGAGUUGCCAAAGGUUCCGUCGGACAUUCCGAUACUGUUGCUGGGCAAUCACUGUGAUAUGGGACAUCAUCGGGUGAUUACGGCCGAGCAGGUGCACGGGUUCGUGGAGACAGCUAGCCUGGAACGCAAGGCGGAGAUCGUGUACGGUGACAGCUCGAUGCGGAAUGGGUUCGGGCUGCGGUUGCUGCACAAAUUCUUUGGCAUUCCGUUUCUUUACCUUCAGAAGAGUGCUCUCGAGGCGUCGCUUAGAAAAAACGCACAGGAUCUCGACAUCUGCCGGUUGGAGAUUGAUGAAUAUCAGAAAUCGGACGAUUCCGACUAUGGUCGCUUUCUGGAUGCUCUCAUCAGUAAAAAGAAAGCACGGGAAAGCACCACUCCAGCCAGUCCUACUGAUCCAUCCGUUAUUCGACCGACGAAAAGCAUUAUUCUCGGUGGAGGUCAUCCGAUCAUUGUGCCCGAUCGGAAUUCUCAUCUGGCCGUUGCAUCAACGACAGCCGUCAACACAGCAAAGCUCAACCCACAACAACGGCACCAGGAACAAACGGCUCGCAGUGCUACAAUGGCAACCCUUUCGUCCGAUAUAGGGUUCGGAAAGAUCGACAAUGUGGAUGAGUUUUGUCCGGAUGGAGGUGUGUUGGACAAGUCGUUCCUAGAGGAUACAGUUGAUGCUGGAGCGGGGCGACAAUCGUCCAACUUUUCACCGACAGUUGAAAGUGAUGAGGAUGAAGAUGAACGACACAAUCCACUCGUGUCGAGGUUCGAUGAGGAAGAUCCUGGCGGUGAAUUGGCUGAAGUGGCGACGGGUGUUCCGGACAAGCCAUCGGAGUCAAGUGCUGUCCCAGUAAACCCUCUGCGAAGUGAGCCAGCAGAGUGUUCGGUAGUAACCCUUACCCCAACUCCCAACUACCAGGAAGACGUGGAGGAAGAGCAGGAAGACGAUGGCGUACGGAAACUUUCGUUACUGAGCGUCGAGCUGGAAAUGGGACGGAUAACACCGGGUGCGAAAGAAAAGAUGAAUCUUGCCUACGAAGGCUGGUCUAUGAUCGAUACAAAGGAACGCCGAUCACCGGAAGGUGGCGAAGAUGUGGUGUCCACAUCCUCGGUAAACCGUUCCAAGAGUUCAUCGGAAAAAAGGUCAAAGGAUAAAGACAAAAAGCACAAGAAGAAAAAAUCGAGCAAAGAAAAGGAGGACGGCAAACAUCAUCACCGGAGCAGCAAACGCAAGAGCCACGUGGACGAGUUCCUGAAGGAGAUGCAAUCGAAUGCGGCGGACGGUGGUGCUUUGGUGGAUGACGAUGCUUAUGAAGCGCUCUGAGAUUACUCCUCGAA